ACAACUGUUUUGUCAUUGUAUUGAAAUUGUAGUGUUAUUCCAGGACCAUGGCUGUAGUACUUCCAAGUAUGCAGAUGUCGAACGUGCAGCAGCAGCGGGUGUUGGUCGAGCAGCUGCGCCGUGAGGCGGGCAUACGGCGCAUCAACGUCUCCAUCGCCGUGGAGGACAUCAAGAAAUACAUCGUAGACCACGAGCAGGACGACUACCUUCUGGUGGGAUUCUCGUCUCAGAAAGCCAACCCCUUCAGGGAGAAGUCCUCCUGCAGUGUCCUUUAACACAGGUCUCGCCGCCUGAGGCCUCUCUUCACCAUCGCCGCCACCUGGCACCCGGCCGCGCUGCUUUGUAUGUUUUAUCUUGACGGUGCCCGUUCGGCGCCCGCCCCGGCUUCACACGCGCGCGUGCCCUCGCGGCGAGCCCCUGUCGCCCGGCCGCGGCCAGCGCCAUGCGGCGCCGGCCGUUUCUUAUAUCUAGACUAGUCUUGCGUGUGAGCUGAAGUACUCUGCCGUGACAUCCACAGUAUGCUUUGGACGUGGGCCUGCCAGGGUCGGUGGACCAUCAAAACCGGACGCGUCGUCGUCGCCGCCGCAAUCGUCAGUCAUCGACCAAUAAACAGGAAAACGUAA